AUGGCUCCGCUCCUCUCCAACCAGACCCCGGAUGAGUCAGCUAACUAUGCCCCGCAGCCUUUCGAAGACAUCGACGGCAAGCACGAGGUCAGCUACAUCGAUAUGCCAUCGACUCCUAAGGCUGACACCAGCCUCGCUCGCUUUGCCGUGCAGAGUGUGCACUUACGCGAGUGUUUCGCCGAGUUCCUCGGCACCUUCGUCAUGAUCUUGUUCGGUAUGGGCGUUAACAACCAGGUGACCAACUCACAAGACGCCAACGGCACGUGGCUCAGUAUCAACAUGUGCUGGGGUAUCGGAGUCUUAAUUGGUGUGUACUGCAUGGAAGGAAUCAGCGGAGUCCACUUGAACACUGCAGUGACACUGGCACACUGUGUAUACGGCCGUCUACCUUGGUGGAAGGCGUCAGGCUACAUGAUCUCACAGGUCUUGGGUGCAUUCGUGGGCGCAUUUGUGAUCUGGGUCAUGCAGUGGCAGAAACGGAACGCCAUUGACCCCGACCGAGAGACUACCCAGAGAAGCUUCGCUACUUACCCGAGUGACAACAUUUCUAAUUACACGGCCUUCUACACGGAGGUAGUCGGCACGGGGAUGUUGUUACUCGGUAUAUAUGCCAUCACGGAUCAAAGGAACCGUCCGGCUGGCCCUGUAGGCGCACCAUUCGCCUUCUGCCUUUCGAUCAUGGCGCUCGGUAUGUGCAUUGGUAUGAACACGGGUUACGCUAUUAAGCCGGCGCGUGACUUCGGCCCUCGUCUUUUCACGAGCAUCGCUGGCUGGGGAUCCAAGGUAUUCACCCUGCGCGAUCACUACUUUUGGAUCCCGAUCGUGGGUCCACUGGUUGGGGGCGUGAUCGGUGCGGGUCUGUACAUUACGCUAGUCGAGAUGCACCACCCGCGUCGGGCACUUCCGUAA